CAAGGUGUCCCUAGCAUACCGACGGGCUCUUGGGGGAGUCCACUUACGAGAGCGAAGCAAAGCGAAUUCCAUUCCGCACGAACGAGUGCGGUUUCCCACGGCCCCAAGCGAGUACACGAAGGAGAGCGGGAAGGCGUUGAGAGGCGGCGGCCGGCACGCGGUGUCACCGCCUAAACCCCGCCCCCGGCGGCGCCUUCUAAACACGUACUUCCGUCCAUUUCCACCUCCCUUCCCUUUUCUUCGCCAUCGUGGUGUGUGCGGUACCCUCUCUUCCUCGCCAUGUCUUCUCACAAGACUUUCAGGAUCAAACGAUUCCUGGCCAAGAAACAAAAGCAAAAUCGGCCCAUUCCCCAGUGGAUUCGGAUGAAAACUGGUAAUAAAAUCAGGUACAACUCCAAGAGGAGACAUUGGAGAAGAACCAAGCUGGGUCUAUAAAGAAUUGCACAUGAGAUGGCAUACAUAUUUACCAAUUAAUCAUGUUACCGUAUCAAGCUGAAAAUGUGGACACGUAUUGGGGAAAUUCUUUAUUUCUGUGCUCUGCACAAGUGGAUUAAUCAUGUAAUAAAUUACAAGUAAAUAAGCUUCUGUUUGAA